CUCUCACUCGGACAGGAGGAGACCACGAGUCCCCCUCCCCCCUUCACCGGCCACCACACAACCACCUUCGUCACCAGGGUGUGUGCGUGUGUGCGUGUGUGUGUGCGUGUGUGUGUGAGUGACCUGGCUCUGUCGGUGUGGUGCUCGGUUGGCAGAGUGAGGGUGAGGGUGAUCAAGGGCAAGAGCAAGAGCAAGAGCAAGAGCAAGGGGAUUACACAGAUCGUACACACAUUGGUCAAGGAGUACUAUAUAGCAAGGUCGACAAGUAGGAAGAGAUGGCAAGGAGUGAGUGUAGUCUCUGUGGAAAGGGUAUCGCCAUCACCGAUGAUGUGACUACCUUCAAAUCCGUCGAUUAUCACAAAAACUGCUUUCAUUGUCAAUCUUGCCAGAAAGAGCUCAAGCUCUCCAUGGCUAAGUUUGAAGGCGGCAUACUGUUCUGUCGGAGGCAUGCCAGAGCGUAUCGUGCUGAACAGAGUGGUACCGGGCCUGGGGCUGAUGCGUCUGUCGCCGCAUCGGAUGCAUCGGCAUCGUUGGGGACAAGUGUUGGCUCGAGACGGUCGAUGCGCCGGAGAGAUACGCCGGCUAUGGAAGAGCUAGAUGCUAUGGCCGAGGCCGUACAGGAUCUUGUGGCCGGCCCGCCGGCUGUGCCGCCGCCGAGGUCGCCAUCGUCGUCGUCGCGGUUCUCAGCGCCGCCGACAGAUGACGCCGAUGAGGAUGACGACGAGUGGGAAGACGGCCAGUUCAACUCCUCCGACAGGAGCAGGAUCCUGCGGGUCAAGCUACAUGCCAUGGAUGUGCUGGAAAAGGCCAACGCGGCGCUGCGCCGCGAGCCCGAGCCCCCAGCAUCCCGCACGCCGCGUCUCUCCUUCUCUGACGCCGUCGUCCAAGAGUACGUCGCCAGCGAGCCGGUCUCCGCCCUCGCCGACGCCGCCUCCGCCCCCAGCUCUCCACUCGGCUCGCCGACGUCUGACUCUCCAAAGUCUCUGGCAGCCCGCAGACUUGCGGCCCGCAAGGCCACUCCGCACUCGGCUGCCCUCGAGUCGCUGGCGGCCUCGGCCGCCAUGGCCCGUGCCGCCCGCCCCGGCCGCCGUGGCUCCAUCCUUCGUCCGCCAACCAUUGUCACGCCGCCGCGAGGCGCCGCCGGCGAUGGCUCUGAUCCGAUGCUCUCCGACUCGAACCUUUCAUCUGCGCAUUUGCGCGCGGUCAAGAUGGAGGCUGUCGUUCGGCGCCUUUCGCAGGACUUUGUCCGAGCGAAUCCGCAGGUCAAGGCCGUCUCGCGCCCGCUGCCGCCAGACCCGCGCCCACCGCCGACAGUGUCUGACUCUCAGCUCGAGCCUGCCGCCAAUAGGCAGCGCGGUGCCCGCGCGCGCGGCGCGUCGGUCAGCGCCAAUGAAGCCGCAUCGGCGGCCGCGCUCGCCAAAGCGCAGCAGACCAUCACCAAGCUCACUGAUGAGCGGGAUGCGCUGCAGGCCUCGCUCGAUGCGUCGUUUGCCAAGCUUGCAGCUGCCAACCAAGAGUGGCGCGCCAAGCUUGACGCUGCCAACGCUGCUGCUGCUGACCGUGCAGCACGCGACGCGCUGGAUGCCCGCGCUGCCGCGUCUCGACUCGAAGCCGACUUUGCCGCCGCCUCUGCCGAGCUCACUGCCGCCAACGCACGAAUGGCCGCGCUCGAGGCUGCCGCCGCCACGGCUGCCGCCGACGCCUCGGCUGCGCAGAGGGCGCUUCGCGCCGCAGAAACCGCGCUCUCGCUCGAGCGGAGCGACAAGGUCAAGCUUGAGAUGGCAGUCCUUGAGGCCCAGACGACAAGCACGUCGUCGUCGGCCCAGCUCGAGUCGCGACUCCACAGCCUACAGGCCGAACUCCGUGCUGCCGCCGCAACUGCCGCCGCGCGAGAAGCCGAGCUCUCUGCUCAGCUGCAGACUUCGCUUGAGGCCGAGGACACGCUGUACGCGUCGCUCGCAGCGCUCUCGGGCAAGCUUGUCGCCAACAAGCUCGCCGCUGACACUGCCGCCUCGGACGCCGCUCGCGCCACAGCGCGAGUUGCAGAGCUCUCGGACGCGCUGGUCGCUGCAAACGCAGCGAUUGCAGACAAGGAACGGGCGCUGUCAGCGGCCGAGGCCGCAACCGCCGCCGCCCUCUCAGACGCGGCGCAAGCACGUGCUACCGAGCCACGCGCCGACGACGACUCCAAGCUCAAGUCUGCGCUGGAGGAUGCACAUUUGGCGCUUGCGCAUGCGUCCAGCACCCACGAUGCGGCGCUUGUUUCCGCUGCCGACCAGUUGGCGGCUGCGCAUGCCGAGAACGAGUCGCUUGUCCAUCGCCUCGCCGAGUCAGCGAGCGUCGAAGACGCGCUCCGCGCUCAGCUUGCGGUCCUCGCUGCCGACAAGAACGCGCAGGCGGCGGCGCUGGCGGCAGUCGAGCUUGAGCUCGAGCAUACACGCGAGGCGGCCGCCGACGCUGCCCAGUGGUUUGCCACAGAGCUCGACCGGGUCCGUGCUGAGGCCGAUGCCGACAUCGAGACGGUGCUUGCAAGCGUCGAAGCGCUUGCUGCUGACUCGGCAGCAACCGCUAACAAGCUCGAGGUCGCCCGCGCAGAACUCGUAGCGCUUGCUGCUGACUCGGCCGAGGCAUUGGCCGCAUCGUCAGCGCCGUCGGCCGAGGCCAAGGCCGCGGUUGGCGCCGAAUUGCAGGCGCUCGGUGCUGAGCUUGCUGCUGCCCGUCAGGCAGCAGAGGCAGUAGCGGCCGAGCGCGUGGCUGCCGAUGCGGCUGCUGCUGCGCGCAUUGUCGAGUUGGAAGACGCCGCGGCAGAAGUCCGUGCGCGGCUGGCGGAGCAAGAGGCCGCAGCCGGAGCGGCGGAAGAAGGAGCGACCGCCGCUCUUCGCGCCGCCGAAAACGAGCGCGAGCGAGCCGAGACGGCGGCAGCAGCGGCGCGGGCUGAGGCGCGGGCCUGGCAGGACGGAUACUUUGCGCUUUUGGAUGUCCUGCCAGCGCUCAGCACACCUGCAGUGGUGGCGCUGCGAACGUCGGCGGCCGCUCGGGUCCGCCACGAGCUCCAGGUCCGCACCCCCGCGCUCGCGCUCACGAAGCAGCUUCUAGAGUCGAUGGACUUGGACGUCGAGGCAGCGCUAGUCGCCGGCGACGAGAGCGAGUCGGAAUCGACCGGCUCGCUCUUCUCGUCGUCGUCGACAUGUGAGAGCGAGAGCGGGAACGAGGGCGAGGGUGAGGGCGGGGGCGGGGGCGAGGGCGAGGGCGACAAGGUCGCGACCGAGGCCGACGAGCGGCACUCGAAUGCCGAUGUCGAGGCUGCCAGCGGCGCGAGCAAGCGGCGGCGGAAGCGGAAGCGACGAAGCCGGCUCGCGUCAGGCCUCCAACGGGAAGACGCGGCCAGCGCCGAGGCUGUGCGAAACGACGAUCCGCAAGCGGCGACGCCGCGGACGCGUGUGCGACACGCAAUGGCUACAGUGCUGACGAGCAUGGGUAAGGGCGCGACGCUAAGCGACGACGAGCUCGAGCUUGUUGGCGACUCGGUGGACGUGGCACGGCGGUGCAAGUCUGUGGCACAACGCGGUCUCGAGGUUGUGUUCUCGGCGGCGUUUGCCAAGGUCAACCGGUCUUUCAAGCUCGACGACAACAUACUGGCGCUCUCCGUCAACCAGGUCUUUCGGCUCAAGGCCGACAAGUCGCUGACGCUCAAGGACUCGCACGCUGUAGCCGAGGUCUCAGCGGUCCAGAUCUCGCGGGUCGGCGAUGGCUUUGUGCUCAUCGGAUUUGCCGACGGUUCGUCGUGGGUCGGCUCGACACCGGGCGCAGUCGAGCUUGUGGCGCGGCUGGUAAGCCACGACAUGUACACCGGGCCGGGCCUCGGCGUGGUCGACGAGUUCCGGUACGCCGCCGGUGCAACCGACAAGGUGCUUGCGCUCGGAUCGGGCCGUCAGCCGGGCGUCAGCACAAUGCGGCUUGUCAAGAGCGGGCGCAACAGUGCGACAGUGGCUUGGGAGGAGUAACAACAGCAGGAUGAAG